UUGGGUUCUUUUUCACUUCGUAAAAGCACUACUUCCGAUCCGGGUUGUAAUUCUAGUUCUGUGGGUAAGCUGAAUGGAGAGGGGAAUUCCUUUGGGUUUGUUCCUUUGGAGAGGCCAUCUAGUUUUAAGGACUUCUCAGUGGAGGAUUAUGCUAAAGAUUCUGUCUUUAAGGGGAUUGCUGUGAUGGCUAAAACAGAAAUGCCUUUGACAAAAAGUGUGACGAUGGAUUGUCGUUGGGGUGUGAAUUUCCCUAAGGAUUUGGGGAAUAGGAUGCCGUUUUUAAGUGUGAAUAAGAUUGGGAUUAAGAGAGUUGAUGAAGUUAAGGAGGUGAAGGAGAAGAAGGAUGAGAAUCUAGGCGAAACUGAGCUGUUGAAAGGUAUGUGUUUUUGGAUGAAAAAGGAGAUGGAGAUGCUGCAGAGAGAGAAUAGAGAGAUGAAACAUAGGUUUGAGGAAAUGACUAUGGGGAAUGCGGUUAGGCAUGGUGCUGGUGAGAGAGAGUUUGUAGGUGUGCAGGUGGUUGAGAAUUCGAAUUCAGGGGGAUUUGAGGAGUGGAGGAAUAGGAGGAAGAGUGGGGGAGAGAAUGCAAAGAAGGACGAGAAGAAGCAUGCUUCGGAUGGGACUCGGGCUAGUGAUGUUGAGAGUGAGUUGCAGAAAGCAAUUAGGGCUGCUUCUUCAACGUGA